UUCACUAGUUCCGCAAGGAGGAAAACAGCCAAUGCAGUGCAACAUCUGACAUCAACCAGCGACCCACCGAGCGCCUAGGUAUCUGCUCGCAUCAACGCAACCAGCAAGACGGCGCCUUGACAGAAGAUAUGAGCAAAGGGUGAAUGUGCUGACUGCCUGGUAGAAAGCUCACCUGUUUGUGUAGUGGUGAUGAUGGAGAAUAUCGAGGCGCUCUCGCCCCUUCGGAUCACCCCUACCGUCCGGGCUCUGAGCUCCGCGCUGCGGGGGAAGCGUGAAGAUGUCCACGGUUCCAGCCGUGGAAACGGUGACAGGGUAUUCCCCGAACCGGAGAAGCUUUGGUUUAAGGAGAGCAGCGCUAAAAACCUACGGAACAGGGACUUCUUGUCACCGACCACGAUGCUUAACACGCUAUAUGCGGACGGACAGGUCCCUCCAGCAGUGAUGUCCAGAGUCCUAUCCCUUCGUGGUAGUGGGGUUCUCCCUGUGGCUGGUGGGGAGGUAAUGGGUGAAGGUCUAAGGGUGCGGGUGGAUCGGGCUGCUGCAUUCAGGGCUGUUCUGGCAGGUGGAGCUGCAGAGUAUCUGAAGCCCUUGAGCCAGAGACAUGGCUGUGUGGUGCUCAACUGUCCCGCACUGCACCCUAAACCCAACACACCCAGUCCUGAUACAAUGAGUUUAGGCCAGCUGAGGACUGUUCUUCUGGCUGACCACAUGGGGGCACUGCUGAGACGACAGGGAUUUGCUGUGUCCUUCUGCCCCGCACUACCUGAGGACAGCGACAUUGUCAAUUUCCUCCGAGCUCUGGGAAUUGAUUGGCCGACAGCCCCGACUAAUUGGACAAAUGAAGAGCGGGAGGAGAAGAUCCAAGAGUUGCUAGAGAACUCUCAGUACAGAGAAAGGGAAAUGGAGAGAGGCAGGAGAACCAGCGGAGGGGGAGGGAGGAAAGCAGAGGAGGACGAGAGUGAAGGAGCGCUCAGGGUCAACCUGAAACGGGUUUUCCAAGAGGAGGGGCUGCUGGGAUACGACCCCAGCCUUGGCACCUGCACAGUUAACAGAGACAGUGUUUCCCACUUGGCACAACUGGAUCUUUCCACAGCUGAAUGCACAGCAGCCAUGGUAACAGCAUUACAUGUGACUUCCUGUCAAGAUGAGUUCCGCCAGCAGCAGAUAGCAAUGCUGUGGAGAGCCAGUGGAGCCAAACACACACAGAGGCAUCUUGUUUGUGGGCCUGUGAAGACUCCUGGUUCACACCUGACUGCCGCACAGUACUUGCAGCUGAGAAGAGGUCAGAUGAAGGAGGCCUCAGAAAUGAAGUAUGGAGAUCAAGUAGAAGGUCAUACAUGGGAGGACAUCAUCAAGGUUAUGACCUCUGCUACGGUCAGAUUUGAGCUGCUGUCAACUGUCCACACUAGUCCUGUGACGCUGGACGUCAAGAGGGAAGGGGGUGUGUCAACCAAGGGGCCCAGAGGAGGAGUGUUUGUGAUGUAUAACUGCGCCCGACUGCACACUCUGUUUGACAGCUACGAGAGAGGAGUGGAGAAGGGUCUGUACCCAGAAAUCCCAGAGGACUCCCAGCUGGACUUCUCUGCUCUGAAAGAAGAGGGUGAGUGGCUCCUCCUCUUCAAUUACCUCAUUCCAUUCUCGGAGCUGCUGGAACAAUUGGGACAGGCGCUGGAUAGUGAAGGGGGCGGAGCCAGAGUGAACAUAAAAACUGAACAGAUCUGUAAAUUUCUCGUGUCGCUCAGUAAAGACUUUAGCUCCUACUACAACCGAGUCCACGUGCUGGGGGAGCCGCUGCCUCAUCUUUUUAACCAAAUGUUUUGCCGUCUGUAUCUACUGAGAGCGCUGAGAGAGCUCUACCACAGCGCUCUGGACACCCUUAACCUUCCUCCCAUCAGGCAACUAUAGCCUCGACAUAAUUCACCCACCCUUCACUGUUAGCUCUACCUCCCUGCCUUCCUUACACACACCAUAUCCCUAUGUAUUGUGCAUCUAGCUGGCACCUUUUUUGGCAGUGUUAAAGCAAAUUAUGAGAUUUUACCUGCCCACUGUCCCGCUGCUGCAUUUCCCUGUCAAUGUAUUGUGACAUAUUCUAACUGUCUGGUUAUUUCAGUGAUUUAGCAUAACUACAGUAAGUAUUAAGUGCUCCCUGUUCAAUUCCAUAUGGGCCGAAUGAUUUUCUUGGAAUAUUUGAGCUGCUUUUACACUGUUAAAGAAAUAUUUCAACAUUUGGGAAAGAUGCUUAUUUGCUUUCUUACUGAUGAGAAAUUCUUCUCUGUCUCAAAUUGUAUGUUUUUGUACUUUGAAUUUCUGCACACAGUAUGUGUGUUUACACUUACAGCUACAGUUAUACAUUAUAACUUACCUGGAUGUGCACUCGUAGCUUUCAUAGCAUUCCACAAUGCAGAUGUCUCACCUUCAGUCGUGUUCAUCUUGGCUACGUAGUGGAAGGCGAGGGACCAACAACCAGUUUUAAGCAGUCCUCCACAUCUUUGGCAUGCCAAUAGCUAGUUAUACAGUAGCAGCAGCUUUUUUUAAAAUAUUACAGUUGCAUGUGUUUUGGUGUUGCUUGGAGUUUAUGCAUGUUAAACUGUGGUUUCUAUAUCACCCGGUUUAAAUUCAUACACUAUACAAGUACAUAAGGUACCACUUGGAUGCAUGGAAUGGAUGGUAGCUGUACCUAACAUGAAGAAUGAAAGUGAGAAAAGGGGGAGCCUGGCUCUAAAUCCCGGUAACAAAGUCCAUCUACCAACUUUUAAAGCUCUCUAAUUGGCAAAUUAUAACUUGUUUUUCAUUUAAAUUUCAAUGAGAAAGCAAGUAAGUACAUUUUCCCAUGAUGUCAGAUUGUUUUCUUUAAGUUUGGCUUAGUCACUACAUGAUGGAGGAGAUUUCCUUCCCUUAUGAAAAGCAGGAUUUUAACAGCAAGGUGGGCUUGAUUGCUCUCAGUUAGCAGAGUUGGGAUGCCCUCUUGAAUCAGCUGACUGUCCUUUUAACCCAAUAAUCCCCCAAUCUGAACUAGCUGGUGACUGUAAUUACUAUUUGGUGCCAAUUAUAAUUAUGGUGUUUGUUUCAACUGAUCUGUAUUAAGACUUGCCUUAUUACCCCUUUAUUUAAUGUCACCAACAACAAUUAAACCCUCUUUAGAUCACAUGUAAAUGGUUUGUCACUGCCUAAAGAAAAAAACAACUUUUUUUGAGUCUCUUUAACUGUUAAAGGUCCCAUUUCAUGUAUGUUCACCACCUUGUAUUUAUCAACACAUAAAUAUUUAUUGUCAUUAAAAAAGAGAACUGUACAGAAUAUAUAUUCUUAAUCUGAGUCUUAAUCACUGUGUUCAUAUGAGUAUUCAGAGCCCUUCAGUUAAUUACUGUUAACCUGCUUGACAAAUCAGAUGUUACUGUAAAACAGCUGUUUAUAAGUUACAGACAAACGUAGUUCAUUGUGCCAUAAUCUUAAGACAUGCAUGAAAUGGCAUGAUGAUGAUGAUAUGUAUGACUUUUAUGCCAAAAAUGUUAUUUGUAGACUUUGGGAGUGAAACAAUAACGGUCUAACUCUGAUCCCACAGUUUUUGUUGUUUGUGACCAACUGUCUGUAAAAAUGUGCCAUAGCUUCUUCAACUAAUUUUUAGAGUUUUUUUAAAAAAUCUCAUAGAUUUACUUUUCACUGCAUGAAAUGUUGUUUGUUGUAAAUGUGUGCUUUUUUUAAAAACCUUUUUUUCUUUUUUAGAAAAGGGAAGGUGAUGUUUACGUUGUUUUAUUUUCGUAGCUGUCCUGUUAGCUGCUGCUGUAAUUACCACUGUACUAAGGCACUGUCACGUUUUCCUCCUACACUACUACACAGCAGUCAUGUGUAAACAGAAGUAUGAUCACAUUUUUUUGCUGCCUCAGGCCCCAACACCUGACCUUGUUCACCCAUCCUUCAUUUUUUUCCUACAUUUUUUUAUGCCAACUCUCUGCCUAUAUUAUUAUUUUAUUCAAGACUGCAUUAUUCAGUAUAGUCACAUACGCUGUUCAAGGACUUUCACAUUAUUUCUCCUGCAAAUUUUGACAUGAAGGCUUGUUGGUUGGAAACCAGACAGCUAAAAGAUGACUGCAGAAUUUCCCAUAAUGCAGUCAAACAAUAAGUUUCAUCAAUUAAAUCUUUUUACCAUGCCAAGUAAAGUCCAGUGUAGAGAUGCUUAUUGCUGUUGCACUGCUAAGAUUGCUUAGCUUUUGCUGCAUGCAUCAUUUACAGCUGAGCUCCCCCUAAUUCCUUUCUAAUGAAAAUCUCUACACCUCUGACCCUUAAGUGUAUUUGUCCGUCUGAAUGUAAGUAAAUAAUACUGCCAAACUCUCGCCUACACACAUCUGUUCACCCACAGUUUGUGUGUUUUUCCCUUCUGCUGAAUUAAAAAUAAAGAUGACAGACUCUCUGGCUGCAUGUUGGUCUCUAGCUUCAGCGUCUGACAGAUGGUGAUACUGAUACCGAUGCUCUGUAGAUAAAUCCCCUUCAUGUUUUGCUCCCCGCUGCCCUUCAACCCAACAGUAACCCACUCAAUGCACAGAUAUGCAGCACAUUUUAUACUGUUAAGUGAUCCUUCACUGAGGAACCAACCCUGCUAAUGUCGUGUAUUAUUUGUAUUCUUCCUCUUUUGUAGCCCCCACCCCCCUUCUGCUUAUCUAAUUCCUCUUUUGACCGUCAUUUAUAAAAGAAAGAUUGUAAUUAACUGACUCAAACCAAACUUGUGCUUGUGGAAACAGUUCCAAUUAUUUGGGCUACAUUGCAAUUCUGCUCACACUCCUGUGGACUGAUGCUUUUAUUUGCUUUUCUGAAAUAGUUAUUAAGUCUGCAGUGCUCCAGGAAAAGCAAGACACCACCUCUAUAUUUUAUAAGUGAGGCCUUAUGCUCUGUUGAAACCUUGCUGCUUUACUCCCUACGUCUUGUAUAGCUCU